UUAUGCCAAUAUGUUCAGUUGACUCAAAUCGCGUUUGCCUGUUGUGGUAACCAUGGCAACAGUACAGCGCUUUUGAGUUAUGUUCCAGGAUCAGUGAUUUGUUUAUUUGUCUCUUGGUUGAACACAGAAAUGCAACAGAAGACGGACUUGAGAAAGCAAGAGGUCAUUGAGAUAUCGUCGGCCAUGAACAAAGUCAAGUCCUGCUGUCAGUGCCGUCCUCGAGCAGUUUUCAGAUUACUCGUUAAUCUGCAUGGGACAUCAAACCCAUAUUUAAACCAGGAACAGUUUGCAAGGACCUCAUCACCAACUUCCUCCGUCAUCCAUCCAAUUGGCCAGGGACAUCAUCAGAAGAAAUGGCACGCGGACACUCAAGAACGUUGCUCUCAAGAAACCGAGAAGCAGAUGGAUGAGAACAUCACACAGACUCAAACCAAACACGUGGAGAGUCCUUUCCGUCAGAAGGAACAAAGCCUUUUGAAAAGAGCUAUCAGAAUCCUAUUCAUCUGGUUCAUUAUUUUGGGAGUAAUUGUUAUUUUCAUGAUUGCCGGGCAGUAUGUUUACUUGGAGGCAGGACGUGUCUCAAGGUCAUGGGAUCUUGACAAAUGCAUGAAUGGCUUUGUAAAACUGCGCUUUGUUGGAAUGUACAAUCCACCAAUAUGAACAAAUGAACCCAUAUUGACGUCAGCUCUCAAUAAAGCAUUUCAAAAUGGC